CAAAACGGCAACGCAAAUCCACCGAAAAGGGCUAAAUCUCUCUUCACUAUGCAUCCCAUUGCUGUUAUCCAAUUCGUUGUGUUUUGUUUGUAUGAUAUAAAAUCUUGAUAAUAAUAAUAAUAAUAAGGAAAUACCGUAGUAAUUUUGAUUUCAUUUUCUCCUAUUUCUGAUUGUUCUCCGUCUAAAACCUUGAAACCCUAAUUAGAAUUUGUGGUAUUUGUUUGUUGGUGACCUGGUUGUGUGUGUUUUAGGAUCGGGUGGUUUGGGAUUGGGAUCGGAGAGAGAUGAGUAAUCAGAAGAAGAGGAACUUUCAGAUAGAGGCGUUCAAACACAGGGUGGUGGUGGAUCCCAAAUAUGCAGAGAAGACGUGGAGGAUUCUGGAGCAUGCUAUUCAUGAGAUUUACAAUCAUAACGCCAGUGGCCUCAGUUUUGAGGAGCUCUAUAGGAAUGCCUAUAAUAUGGUGCUGCAUAAGUUUGGCGAAAAGUUAUACUCGGGUCUUGUCUCAACGAUGACGUCUCAUCUUAAAGAAAUAUCAAAAUCAAUUGAGGCUUCUCAAGGGGAUUCUUUUUUGGAGGAGCUUAACAGGAAAUGGAAUGAUCAUAACAAAGCAUUGCAAAUGAUUAGGGACAUAUUGAUGUACAUGGACAGGACGUAUAUUCCAAGUACUAAUAGAACCCCUGUUCACGAGCUUGGAUUGAACUUGUGGAGGGACAAUAUCAUACAUUCCACUAAAAUUCAAACAAGGCUUCUAAAUACACUUCUUGAACUAGUUCAUAGAGAACGCACAGGUGAAGUUAUAGACAGAGGACUCAUGAGGAACAUUAUCAAGAUGCUUAUGGAUUUAGGCCCCUCGGUUUACCAAGAAGAUUUCGAGAAGCCUUUUCUUGAGGUUUCAGCAGAGUUUUACAAAGUUGAGUCUCAGAGUUUCAUCGAGUGCUGUGACUGUGGGGAGUAUUUGAAGAAAGCCGAGAAACGUUUAAAUGAAGAGAUUGAGAGGGUGACACAUUACUUGGAUACCAAGAGUGAAGUCAAGAUAACCAGUGUAGUGGAAAAGGAAAUGAUUGCUAAUCACAUGCUCAGACUGGUCCACAUGGAGAAUUCAGGUCUGGUAAAUUUGCUUCUCGAUGAUAAAUAUGAAGACUUGGGAAGAAUGUAUAAUUUGUUCCGCAGAGUACCAAAUGGGCUUCAAACAAUACGGGAAGUGUUGACGUCUCACCUCAGGGAGACUGGUAAGCAACUAGUUACUGAUCCAGAAAGGUUGAAGGAUCCAGUAGAAUUUGUACAGCGUUUGUUGGAUGAAAGAGACAAGUAUGAUAGCAUCAUAAGCUUGGCAUUUGGCAAUGACAAGACAUUCCAGAAUGCUUUAAAUUCCUCUUUUGAAUACUUUAUUAAUUUGAACAAUCGCUCUCCGGAAUUCAUCUCUUUGUUUGUGGAUGACAAACUCCGGAAAGGACUUAAGGGUGUUAGUGAGGAGGAUGUUGAGAUUAUUCUUGACAAGGUCAUGAUGCUGUUCCGUUACUUACAGGAGAAAGAUGUGUUUGAGAAGUAUUAUAAACAGCAUUUGGCUAAGCGGCUUCUAUCAGGAAAAACUGUGUCUGAUGAUGCAGAGAGAAGUUUGAUUGUCAAACUUAAGACUGAAUGUGGUUAUCAGUUCACUUCAAAAUUAGAGGGCAUGUUUACUGACAUGAAGACCUCCCAAGAUACAAUUCAAGGAUUUUAUGCAGGCCAUCCAGAGCUAGGGGAUGGACCUACACUGGUUGUCCAGGUUCUGACAACAGGAUCUUGGCCAACUCAGCCUAGUGUGACUUGCAACUUACCCGCUGAAAUGUCAGCACUGUGUGAGAAGUUCAGGUCAUAUUACCUCGGGACACAUACUGGCAGGAGACUGUCCUGGCAAACUAACAUGGGUACAGCAGAUAUAAAAGCAACAUUUGGAAAGGGUCAAAAACAUGAGUUGAAUGUUUCUACUUACCAAAUGUGUGUUCUGAUGCUGUUUAACAAUGCUGAGCGGCUUAGCUACAAGGAGAUUGAGCAAGCAACGGAGAUUCCUGCAUCAGACUUGAAGAGGUGCCUGCAAUCUAUGGCUUGUGUGAAAGGAAAGAAUGUUCUUAGGAAAGAACCCAUGAGUAAAGAGAUUGGGGAGGAAGAUGUUUUUUUUGUUAAUGAUAAGUUCACAAGCAAAUUCUACAAGGUGAAAAUAGGAACUGUAGUUGCACAGAAGGAAUCAGAACCUGAAAAACAGGAGACUCGGCAGAGAGUGGAGGAGGAUAGGAAGCCUCAGAUUGAAGCAGCGAUAGUUAGGAUCAUGAAAUCGAGGAGGGUAUUGGAUCAUAACAAUAUAAUUGCAGAGGUUACAAAGCAGUUGCAGUCACGAUUUCUGGCCAAUCCUACGGAGAUUAAGAAACGUAUGGAGUCUCUUAUUGAACGAGAUUUCUUGGAGAGGGAUAGUGUUGAUAGGAAACUGUACCGGUAUCUUGCUUAAAGAGAGGUGUUUUUCUUUUUCUUGUGGAUGGUUUAAGCUGCCAAUUGUUCUAUUGGAUUUUAAUGAAUUACCAUCUAUUUCUGCUUU